AUGUCGUUCCCAGUCGUCAAUGGUGUGGAGGUAGCGGUUCCACCACCUGCUGGAUACCAGGUUGACUUUACCAACCCCGAGACGGAUGAGUCGAUGGUCAGGAAUGCGUAUUGGAUAUUUGGGUUGGAGUUUGCGUUUGCGACGGCGUUUUUGGGACAGCGCAUGUAUACCAAUGGUGUAAUCUUGCGUAAAUUCAUGAUCGAUGAUUAUUUGAUCCUUUUUGCAUGGAUCCUUUCCAUUGUCGCUCAAUCAUGUCUUCUUGAUGCAUAUAGACGAAACCUGCUUGGUGUUCAUGCCUGGGAGAUGCCCGUUGAUAGCAACACUCAAUCUGCUCUGCUUGUUAUGUGUACAACACUCACAUAUAUCCCAACGACAAUCCUAUCGAAACUGACGCUUUGCUUCUUCUACUAUCGCCUAUCGCCCUCCUUGUGGUAUCAAUACUCGGUCUAUUUCACAGGGAUUAUCUGCACGACUAGUCUGGUUGGCAUCUGGUUCAGUGUUCUCUUCGCAUGCAAACCGAUUGCGGCAGGUUGGGAUGUGAGACUGUCUGUCGAUGCUGAAUGCAUCAAUCGCCCUCCCAUUUACAUAACACAAGCCGCCUUUGGCUGCAUCACAGAUGUGAUGCUUCUGCUGUUACCUAUCCCAACUGUCAUCGGAUUACAAAUGUCUACAAGGCAGAAGUUCGGAGUACUUGGAUUAUUUGCAAUUGGUUCAAUCACCCUCGUCACGUCAGUCGUUCGAUUAGUCUUACUGCUACCAAGCUUGUCGAACCCAGACCAGAGUUGGUCGUUGGCAGAAGGUUGCCUAUGGGUCAUCAUCGAAGCCAAUCUGUUGAUCAUGUGUGGCUCCCUCCCCACUCUGCGAGUGUUUCUUAAAAAUGUCGCCCCUCGGGUUCUUGGUGACAAAAGUCAAAGCAAACCAAGCCAAGGAGAUAGCGCAAGUUUUGGGUUGCAUACGUUCGGAGGUUCAAACGGUCCGCGACGCAAGUUUGACACACUUGUGGAGCUGGAACAUGAUACGCGUUUUAAUAGAAGCAGCUUGAGGCCUGAAGGUUUGGGCAAGACGGAUGUGAAAGUCUUUAGUGGACAGUCAAAUGAGUCGCUGAUGAAUCAAACUCAGACUGGGGAUGACAAAAGUGAAGAUGGGAUAUUGCAGACGCGCACAACGACUGUUCAAUAUGAGUAUUCAUAG